AUGCAUCCAGACUAUGAUAGUUCAAGUAUAAACAACAUGCAACAACAAGACUACUUCCACUUAAACCACUAUUACAGCAACUUAAACCCUUCAACCAAUAACAAUCUCAAUCUUAUCUCAUACCCUCAAAUGCAAGAACUCAAUAAUCUACAAUCUCCGGCAAGCCACAACUCUACCACGUCCGAUGAAGCAACUGAAGAUGUAUUCCAAGUUGCUUGGCUUCGAAGCGAGAAUCACCAGAUUUUAGACAAGCUUAACAAAGCCUCGGAUAGCAAUGAUCUUGUUCUUCAAGAGAACGUGAUUCUAAAAGAGGAAAACUUGGAACUUCGUCAAGUAAUCACAUCUAUGAAGAAGCUUGGAGGAGCAGAAGGAGGAAGCACAAGUUUCCAUGAAAGAUAUUGUUCUUCUUCCUUGGAUCAUGACUUGGAUCAAGACUUCUCUUGUAUUACAAAUGAUCCAAAGACUCAUCAUCCGUCAUGA